AUGAUUUCUUCAAUGCUUUCCCUGCUCUCGCUGAGCGAGCCAACUCCCGAAGAUGCUGUUACUGUCAAGACGCUUGUGUUCAAGCCAAAGACACCAAAGUCACAGACUCCGGUUCCCGUCAUCGUUGUGGCCCCUGCUUCUGUCCAGACUCCUGGUGGAGGUAUUGCCAGAGCUGCAGCAGUGAAGGAGCCUAGAUUGGCCAACGACGAGCUGACACAAGAGUUCUUUGGUGUCGCAGCCAGGGAGUUCACGCUUGCUUCCUUGGGCAACGACCACGUCGGCAAGGUCAAGGUCCUUGUCGAGCAAAGCAUACAAGCUGAUGGAAAAAACUACGUUAUCUCUAAUUCCACCGGAAAGCUGAUUCUCACUGGAAAACAGCUUUUGGGUUUUCUCGAGCCCUUUGAGCCUGUGAUCGUCGAUUUUGCAGCCAAGGAGGCACCAAAAUCUGAGCCCAAGAUCGAGGCCAAAAUCGACGACGCCAAGCUGAUUGGCGUGACUGUUGAUAAGGAACGUGAUUUUUCAGGCUGGUACCAGCAGAUCCUGACCAAGGGAGAAAUGCUCGACUACUACGACGUUUCUGGAUGCUACAUUCUACGUCCUGCCUCCUACGCCAUCUGGGAGAAGAUCCAGAGAUGGUUUGACGACAGAAUCAAGGCCGACGGCGUCUCCAACGCCUACUUCCCAAUGUUUGUGUCUUCUAGAGUUCUGGAGAAGGAGAAAGACCAUGUCGAGGGGUUUGCUCCUGAGGUCGCUUGGGUGACAAGAGCUGGGUCCUCAGACUUGGAGGAGCCAAUUGCUAUCAGACCAACCAGUGAAACUGUCAUGUACCCAUACUACGCCAAAUGGAUCCGUUCCCACAGAGAUCUGCCAUUGAAACUCAACCAAUGGAACUCUGUCGUCAGAUGGGAGUUCAAGCAUCCACAGCCGUUCCUCAGAACCAGAGAGUUCUUGUGGCAGGAGGGCCAUACUGCACACCUUACCAAGGAGGAAGCCAGCGAGCAGGUCAGCAAGAUCUUGGAUCUUUAUGCGGGCGUCUACGAAGAGCUGCUCGCUGUUCCUGUCAUUAAAGGUGUUAAGACAGAAAACGAGAAGUUUGCCGGAGGUCUAUACACCACCACUUGCGAAGGAUAUAUCCCAACCACAGGUAGAGGUAUUCAAGGUGCCACUUCUCACCAUUUGGGCCAGAACUUCUCCAAGAUGUUCAACAUCUCUGUCGAAAACCCUCUUGGUCCAGAACACCCUAAGAUCUAUGCUCACCAAACGUCUUGGGGCCUUUCCACCAGAGUUAUUGGUGUCAUGGUGAUGAUCCAUUCCGACAAUAAAGGAUUGGUCAUUCCACCUAGAGUGGCUCAGAACCAAGUGGUCAUCAUUCCUGUUGGUAUCACCAACAAGACGACCAAGGAGAUCGAGAACAAGCUAUACGAAACCUGUUCCGAGCUGGACUCUCGACUCAAAAAGGCCGACGUCCGUGCUAUCACCGACUUCAGAGACAACUACUCUCCAGGAUGGAAAUUUUCCGACUGGGAGCUGAAGGGUGUUCCUGUCAGAUUGGAGGUUGGCCCUAAGGAUAUUGCCAACAACUCUGUCAUGGCCGUGAGAAGAGACAAUGGAGAGAAAACUGCUCUUUCCCUGGACACUAUCGAGAUCGAGCUGCCAAAACUUCUGGAAACCAUCCAAAAGUCUCUCUUCGACGCCGCCAAACAGAAAUACGACAGCCACAGAAAGAUUGUCACCGAGUGGAAGGACUUUGUUCCAGCUCUGAACAAGAAAAACGUUAUUCUUGCUCCGUGGUGUGGAGUUGCAGAGUGUGAGGACGACAUUAAAGACUCCUCUGCUAAGAAGGACGACGGAGAAGACUACGAGACCGACGAGAAGUCUCCAUCCAUGGGUGCCAAGUCUUUGUGUAUUCCUUACGACCAGCCAGAGCUCAAAGAGGGCCAGAAGUGCGUCAAGUGUGGCAAGCCGGCCGUCAACUUCACUAUGUUCGGUAGAUCUUACUGA